GAGGGUUAUAAGGAUUGAACUUUAGGAUGGUCAUGGCGGGAAGAUCGAGGGACAGCAAAUCCAGAUUGCCAAUGAUCCAUUACGAUCGCCGUUGAAGACAAAAGAACAGAGCUCAAAAUAAAGAAAAUGGCGGCACAAACAUUCAAAAUGAUCAAGAAUACAUAUACACAAACAUUUCAAAUUUCAAUCCCACUCGUUCUACUCCGGCGGAGCUCACUAGUCCGAGAGUCGACACCAAGCGAAUUCAAAGUUCGAGAGGAAGAAUCACAAUCAUUUGGCUGAAAUCCGAAGCAAACGAGCAUUGUGAAUUCAAUUCAAUUAUUACAGAUGCAGGAGAUAAAUUGUGUAGGGCGCUUUUCCUUUUAGUAGGCAUGUUUUAGACUGAUGUCCUUGCUCUUCAUGCGGCUGCAAAUUCAUUUAAUCAUUUCAAUGGAGAACAGCUUGUGCUCCACUUUGAUUUUCGGUGGAAUGAGCCAGCAUGAGAGCAAAGGCCUGGAUGAAUGAGCAAAUUUUACGCCUCAAGAAUAAAUUUAGCAAGAUGAUAAACUGUAUUCGUUCAGGGGAUCAAUUAAAAGUGGAUGAAAUGAUGCAUUCAUCAGAUUCUCUGGCAACUCGAGACUAUUCAGCCAGUGGUUUUUCAUCACGUACUGGGGAGGUGGAACCGAAGGUGGAUAAUGCCAACAUUGAAGAAGCUGAAUCAUCUCUUCGUGAGAGUGGUUAUCUGAAUUAUGAGGAAGCACGUGCUUUACUUGGAAGGCUCGAGUACCAAAAGGGUAACAUAGAAGCUGCUCUUCAUGUUUUUGAAGGAAUAGACAUUGUUGCUGUAAUUUCCAGGAUAAAAGCUUCCAUUUCAACGAGAUAUGAACAAAAUAGACGGCAAUCACAAAGUGAUGUUGUGCCUACUAUGUCUAUGCAUGCCAUUAGUUUACUUCUUGAAGCUAUUUUUCUGAAAGCAAAAUCAUUACAGGGUUUAGGAAGGUUUGUAGAGGCAGCAAAAUCUUGCAAACUACUUUUAGACACUGUUGAAUCUGCAUUACCCGAAGGCUUACCUGAAAAUUUCGCCAAUGAUUGUAAAUUGCAAGGGACACUAACAAAGGCUGUUGAAUUGCUUCCAGAAUUGUGGAAAUCUGCCGGGUCUCCUGAAGAAUCUAUCUUGUCAUACAGGCGUGCCCUUAUUUACCAAUGGAAUCUAGAAAUGGAAACUAGAGCAAAAAUAGAAAAAGAGUUUGCAAUUUUCCUUCUCUAUAGUGGUUGUGAUGCAAGUCCUCCCAAUCUCCGUUUGCAGAUGGAAAGCUCAUUUGUGCCAAGAAAUAAUAUGGAAGAAGCCAUUCUUUUGUUAAUGGAUCUGUUGGGAAAAUAUAUACAUGGAUUGGUUGUUUGGGACCCAUCAAUAACAGAGCAUCUCUCGUUUGCACUGUCUAUUGUUGGGGAAUUUGGAGCUCUAGCUAAUGAGGUUGAACAAUUGCCUCCAGGAACUAUAGGAAGGAAAGAGAAGUACUGGACACUAGCUCUUUGUUACUACGGGGAAGGUAAAAGCUUAGUUGCGUUGAACCUUUUGAAGAACUUCUUGAAUAACAAAGAUAAUGUAGGCUGCUUACUGGAAUUGUUGUUAGCUUCAAAGCUCUGUGGAGAGAAUUUGGUUUGUCUCGAUGAGGGGGUGACUUACAUAUUGAGAGUGCUUUCGGAACUGGAUGGUAGAUGCAUCCAGAUGGUUUCCAUUGCUAAUUGCUUACAUGGUGUAUUACUGUCAGCCAUAUCCAAAUCAAUUGCUUCUGAUUCUCAGAAAUCUUUGAAGCAAUCUGAGGCACUCAAGGCACUACAAACCGCUGAGCAACUGAUGAAACAAAGGGAUCCAUUCAUUGUGUAUCAUCUUUGUCUUGAAUAUGCUGAACAGAGGAAGCUGGAUAUUGCUCUAUACUACGCAAAACAGCUAGUGAUACUCGAGGCUGGGUCUAGUGUGAAGUCGUACAUCCUCUUGGCCAGAAUAUUGUCCUCCCAGAAACGGUUUGGGGAUGCAGAGACUGUAAUCAACGCUGCUCUUGAGCAGACAGGGAAGUGGGAACAGGGCGAACUCUUACGAACUAAAGCUAAGCUCCAGAUUGCACAGGGCCAGUUAAAGAGCAGUAUAGAAACAUAUACUCAUCUUCUUGCUAUAAUUCGAGUCCGGACUAAAAGUAGUGGAGUUGGAAAGAUGCUUUCAAAGGAUGUCUCGGUGAGAACAUCUGACAGAAGUCUGGAAAUAGAAACAUGGAAUGAUUUGGCCAAUAUGUACACAAGCUUGUCUCAGUGGCGGGAUGCUGAGAUCUGCCUAUCAAAAUUGCAGGCAAUCAAUCCAUAUUCUGCUUCUAAAUGGUAUUCCACAGGUUUACUGUAUGAGUCUAAGGGUCUCCCACGAGAUGCUUUGCAGGCAUACAACAAAGGAUUAGGCAUCGAUCCUAACCAUGUUCCCAGCAUGAUAUCAACUGCCCGUCUUCUCCAACAACUGGGCGGCAGGCAGUCAUUUCCUGUGGUAAGAAGCUUGCUAACCGACGCCCUUCGACUUGAUCGAGCAAACCCAUCUGCAUGGUACAAUCUCGGGUUGCUAUACAAAGCUGAUGUCGGGGCAUCCGUGCUGGAGGCUGCCGAAUGUUUUGAGGCUGCAACUCUGCUUGAAGAGUCAGCUCCAGUUGAACCUUUCAGAUGAUGAAAACUUGCCUUCUUUCUCGUAGAGAAGUUGGAUUUUGCUGUCCUAGUUCUACAGGUUUACUCAGAUCUUCCAUUUGCUUGCUGCAUUUUCUUCUUCGGGAUUAGGAACAAUAGUAAUAGAUGAUUGGCACAAAGUAGUGUGUAAAUAGAAAAGCAAAAAUACAUAAGCUGUUAGUUUUCUAGCCAACCUCCUUGUGUUUUUUUUUUUUUUUUUUUCUUUCUAUAGAAAUAUAAACAUCACAAUUUGAAAGUUUGAUUUGUAAAGUGAAUUAAGGAAACAUUGUUCCCCAAGUCAAUGAGUUUUCUUCUUCA